AUGGCCGCCGUUAAUGUAUAUCACACAAGUGUAACAACAGAUAAUCUUAGUCGUAAUGAUAUUCUACAAUGGAUAAAUACAGCACUUGAAGCUAAUUUUAUUAAAAUUGAAGAUCUUUGUACCGGCGCUGCUUAUUGCCAGUUUAUGGAAAUGAUGUUUCCAGGAGCUAUCGGUACACGAUCAAAACGGGUUAAAUGGAAUACAAAACUUGAACAUGAAUAUAUUAACAAUUUCAAAGUACUUCAAGAAUAUUUUAAAGCGUUAACAGUCGAUAAGAUUGUACCAGUUGAAAAAUUAGUCAAAGGAAAAUUCCAAGAUAAUUUUGAAUUUGUUCAAUGGUUUAAAAAAUUCUUUGAUGCUAAUUACACUGCUGCACAUGAUUAUGAUCCAGUAGCUGCUCGAGAUGGACAGCCAAUGGGUAACGGUAAGACAAGCAGUACUGCCAGUUCAGGUAUUCGGGCACCACCUGUCUCUCGACCGGCACCAGUACGAGCGGCUCCACCACCACCACCACCACCAGCCGCAAGAGCACCAGUUGCCACUAAACCAAUGCAACAACAUCAACAAAAAGUUUCUCCAUCGACUUAUCGUCCUGUCGGAGGUGCACACCAUGCUGAUCCUCAUCAUGGUGCACAUAGUAAUGAAACUAUUCGAUUACAACAUGAAAUUGAUACAUUACAAGAAAUGAUUCAACAACAUGCAUCGCAAAUAGCUGGCCUCGAAAAAGAACGAGACUUUUAUUAUCAAAAAUUACGUGAUGUAGAGGUUAUUUGCCAAGAGCCAGAAUGUGAAUCAGUGCCACAAGUGCAGAAAAUUCUCGAAAUUCUUUAUGCUACAGAAGAGGGUUUCGCUCAACCUGAUCAAGAGAAUGGCGCUGCUGAUUUAGAUGAUGCUAACGGGUUGACUGUUGGUAAUCAUGAUAAUGGCUCUGCUCUUGUGGCUGGCGACGAUGAUACAUAUUAA